AUGUCGUCGUCAUCUGAAGAUCUACCUGCCGAAUGGCUUCUGCCGCACGUGAUCUCGGCUUUCCCCGAGACACACGUGAUAAACACACCGCAGGGCGAGAACGUGACCUUGCAGCGGGAAGUCUAUGUCACGGGCCACGAGCAAGACGACCUUCCACCCAAAAUGUUAGCGCAAUUACUGGCUUUAGUAGACGCCAAUUUGGGCCAAAUGUAUGGGGAGUUCGCAGGCGAAAUCUACACGGGACUUUCGCGACGCAAAAGACCGCCCUGGCCCGCCGCUCAGUGGCAUCCGCGCAAGAUGCAAGAAAUGCGCAUACCGGAGCUCGUGUAUGUGGUGUACCACGACGCUACUGCCACUGCUAGUGCAGACACCGAAACACAGCCGCUGGCGUUUGUGUCGCUCUUACUGACACACGAGCCAGAAAUGGGACCCCACGCAAAUGUGGUCUACUUGUACGAAGUGCACGUCGCGCACGUGAUCCAGCGCUGCGGCGUGGGCACGUGGCUUUUGCGUGACUGCGCGGGCGCGCUGGUCCGCGCCCUGGGUGUGUGGGUGGACGGGUUUUGCGGGCUGGAGCUGACCGUAUUCCGUGCCAACACUCACGCGCUCCGUUUAUACCAGGACCGCCUUGGCAUGCAGACGGCGCCGUGGUUCGUUUCAUGCGAGACGGAACGGGACGAGCCGGAUAAAUCGGACAAACCUGUGGCUGCGCGUCUGCGUCGUCCACGGCAACGCGACACUCGUCCGGCGUAUUGCGUGCUGUUCUGGGAUGCUCGUCAUUAA